GAUCUCAUCUCGCUCGGCUGCGGGAAAUCGGGCUGAAGCGACUGAGUCCGCGAUGGAGAGAGAAGAGGAGCAAUUCCGUAAACUCUUUAUUGGUAGCUUGAGCUUUGAAACUACAGAAGAAAGUUUGAGGAACUACUACAAGCAGUGGGGAAAACUUACAGAUUGUGUGGUAAUGAGGGAUCCUGCAAGCAAAAGAUCUAGAGGAUUUGGUUUUGUAACUUUUUCAUCCAUGGCUGAGGUGGAUGCCGCCAUGGCUGCAAGACCUCAUUCAAUUGAUGGGAAAGUGGUUGAGCCAAAACGUGCUGUUGCAAGAGAGGAAUCUGGAAAGCCAGGGGCUCAUGUCACUGUGAAGAAGCUGUUUGUAUGUGGAAUUAAAGAAGAUACUGAGGAACAUCAUCUUAGAGAUUACUUUGAGGAAUAUGGAAAAAUUUAUGCCGUUGAGAUAAUUACCGAUAGGCAGUCUGGAAAGAAAAGAGGCUUUGGGUUUGUUACUUUUGAUGACCAUGAUCCUGUGGAUAAGCUUGUGUUGCAGAAAUACCAUCCUAUCAAUGGUCAUAAUGCAAAAGUAAAGAAGGCUUUAUCUAGACAAGAAAUGCAGGAAGUCCAAAGUUCUAGAAGUGGAAGAGGAGGCAACUUUGGUUUUGGAGAUUCUCGUGGUGGUGGUGGAAAUUUUGGACCAGGACCAGGAAGUAACUUCAGAGGAGGAUCUGAUGGAUAUGGAAGUGGUCGUGGAUUUGGAGUUGGCUAUAAUGGGUAUGGAGGAGGACCUGGAGGUGGCAAUUUUGGAGGUAGCCCUGGUUAUGGAGGAGGAAGAGGAAGAUAUGGUGGUGGAGGACCUGGAUAUGGCAACCAGGGUGGGGGCUGCAGAGGUGGUUAUGACAAGUAUGGAGGAGGAAAUUAUGGAAGUGGAAAUUAUAAUGAUUUUGGAAAUUAUAACCAGCAACCUUCUAACUACGGUCCAAUGAAGAGUGGACACUUUGGUGGUAGCAGAAACAUGGGAGGACCGUAUGGUGAAGGAAACUAUGGUCCAGGUGGAGGAAACUAUGGUCCAGGUGGAGGAAGUGGGGGGUAUGGAGGGAGAAGACGAUAUUGAUCUUCCUAUUUACCAUGGGCUUCACUGUAUAAAUGGGAGAGGAUGAGAGCCCAGAGGUAACAGAACAGCUUCAGGUUAUCGAAAUAACAAUGUUAAGGAAACUCUUAUCUCAGUCAUGCCUAAAUAUGCAGUGAUACGGCAGAAGACACCAGAGCAGAUGCAGAGAGCCAUUUUGUGAAUUUAAUUUAUUUAAUAACAUUAUUUAAUUUAAUAAUGUUUAAUUAUUUAACAUUAUUUAAUAACAUUACCUUACUGUGGAGGAAGGAUUGUAAAAAAAAAAAAAUGCCUUUGAGACAGUUUCUUAGCUUUUUUAAUUGUUGUUUCUUUCUAGUGGUCUUUGUAAGCGUGUAGAAGCAUUCCUUCUUUGAUAAUGUUAAAUUUGUAAGUUUCAAGUGACAUGUGAAACCUUUUUUAAGAUUUUUCUCAAAGUUUUGAAAAGCUGGUGUAAUAAGACGUAACGUUUUUCCUUUAAAAAAAAUUUAAGUGCGUGUGUAGAGUUAAGAAGCUGUUGUACAUUUAUGAUUUAAUAAAAUAAUUCUAAAGGAAAAAA